ACCAAUCAACCGGGAGCCAACAAGGAAGAGACAUGCUAGGGCUGGGCAACAUCCCGAGCCUCACCGAGCUGCUUCCCCUCACUGACUACGCCGCUCCAUGCAGCGGCCCAAGUUACCAGUAUAUCCCGGAUAACUGGUACUCUCAAUGAAACCCAGGUUUACUUCAUGCGGACUUUUGCUAAUAUCUCCGCUCAAUGUCUAAUACGACACGGAUCCCCUUCUCAUCACUCUCUGAGAGGGUAGUCUCCGCCAAUGAUAUUCUGACGAUUCCCCGGUCAGUACAAACCCCUAGUUAGGAAGCCUAUCAUCGUCUAGGUAUCCUACAUCGUGCAAACAAUGUACUUCGUACAGUAAGCUAUCUAAAGGAGGGGAUGCUUCAAGGGUUACAUCUGAGCAUCAUAUGAUGUUGUGUUUAGACAGGCAUUGUACGCCCUGAGAGGGGCUCGAAGGAUUUGUGUCGUUGCCAAUUGGCCUUGAUCAUAACCAUGGACCUGGAUGAAGCUUUCAUUGGCGGCUUCACGCGGGAAGCAUAGGAGGAGGUGUGUGAACUAUUGCAUAUUGGCCAUCUUCCCCGCUCGCCUGGGUAUAUGUUGUUGCAAAGAUGCCGGACCUCGAUGGAAUAUAUAUAGGGUUAUCUUCGCUACAAAAUUCUCGAUCUAUUGUGUGAAAUUGAGGCAGAUCAGCACAGGGAAACCCAGGUGCCAAUAUGAGUCCACUACCAGAGGAGUUCGAUAUCAUUGUUUGCGGCGGUGGGAGUUGUGGGUGUGUCGUUGCGGGCCGACUAGCAAAUCUCGACCACAAUCUCAAGGUUCUUCUUAUCGAAGCAGGAGAGAGCAACCUUAACAAUCCAUGGGUCUUCCGCCCGGGUAUUUACCCCAAGAAUAUGAAGAUUGACUCAAAGACGGCAUCUUUUUAUGAAUCUCGUCCGUCAAAAUGGCUCGCUGGCAGAAAGGCUGUUGUACCCUGCGCUCAUAUUUUGGGGGGAGGUUCCUCGAUUAACUUUUUGAUGUACACUCGUGCCUCAGCUUCCGACUAUGACGACUUCCAGGCUAAGGGCUGGACGACGAAGGAGCUGCUGCCUCUUAUGAAGAAGCAUGAGACAUACCAAAGAGCUUGCCAUAACAGGGACCUUCACGGAUUUGAAGGACCAAUCAAGGUAUCCUUUGGAAACUACACAUAUCCCAUUAAAGACGACUUUCUGCGAGCUGCUGAGUCCCAAGGCAUACCAUUUGUCGAUGAUCUGGAGGAUUUAAGCACAGGCCAUGGUGCCGAGCAUUGGUUGAAAUGGAUUAAUCGUGAUACUGGCCGUCGCAGUGACAGCGCUCACGCCUACAUCCAUUCCACCCGAGCCGUUCACAGUAACCUCUAUCUCGCAUGUAAUACCAAGGUUGACAAAGUUAUUAUUGAGAACGGUCGCGCUGUGGCAGUCCAGACUGUGCCUACCAAGCCCCUUCACCCAGGGGAGCUGAAGCCAAGGAUCUUCAGAGCUCGCAAGCAGAUUGUUGUCUCUGGAGGAACUCUAUCGUCGCCAUUGAUUCUGCAGCGUUCUGGCAUCGGUGACCCUCUUAAGCUGAGGCAAGCGGGCGUUGAGCCUAUCGUCGACCUUCCUGGCGUCGGCCUCAACUUUCAGGAUCAUUACCUUACCUUCUCAGUUUAUCGCGCCAAGCCAGGAACAGAGAGCUUUGAUGACUUUGUCAGGGGUGAACCUGAGGUGCAGAAGAAGGUGUUUGACCAGUGGGACUUGAAGGGCACAGGGCCACUGUCCACUAACGGAAUUGAAGCUGGAGUCAAGAUACGCCCGACCGAGAAAGAGCUGAAGGAAAUUGCCAAGUGGCCAACCCCUCAUUUCACCGACGGGUGGAAGUCAUACUUCAAGGGCAAGCCCGACAAGCCGGUCAUGCAUUACUCAGUCAUUGCUGGUUGGUUCGGUGACCACAUGCUUAUGCCACCUGGAAAUUUCUUCACAAUGUUCCACUUCUUGGAGUACCCGUUCUCUCGUGGUUUCAUCAACAUCAAGUCGGCGGAUCCCUACGAAACGCCCGACUUCGACACCGGAUUCAUGAAUGAUGAGAGGGACAUGGCUCCAAUGGUCUGGGGUUAUAUCAAGUCUCGAGAGACAGCUCGCCGCAUGGAUGCCUAUGCGGGCGAAGUGCAAAACAUGCACCCAUUCUUCAACUACGACUCGCCGGCCCGCGCCAAUGACAUGGACCUGGAGACGACGAAGCAAUACGCACUUCCCGGAAACCUGAGCGCCGGUCUUCAACACGGUAGCUGGAGCGUGUUCAACCCCAGUGCAGACAAGACGGCCUCUGCCAACAUCCUCAACAGCAACAAGGCGAACGUCAGAGAGGAAUUGAAAUAUAGUAGCGAGGAUAUCAAGGCAGUCGAAGAAUGGGUUAAACGACACGUCGAGAGUACAUGGCAUUGUCUAGGUACCUGCUCGAUGGCGCCCCGGGAGGGUAACAGCAUCGUCAAGUACGGUGUUGUUGACGAGCGUCUCAACGUACACGGUGUCAAGGGCCUCAAGGUUGCGGACCUCAGUAUCUGUCCGGACAACGUCGGCUGCAACACGUACUCAACCGCUCUGCUCAUCGGCGAGAAAUGCGCGAUGCUCGUCGCCGAGGAUCUCGGGUACUCGGGCGCGGCACUUGACAUGAAAGUUCCGGAUUACCACGCCCCUGGCGAGGUCAGACUUUCAGCCCGGCUUUAAAGAAAGCACUUGUAUAAUGGUGACUAGGUAGGGAUGUUUGCAGGGUAUUGUUGGAGAUGAGGAAGGUGAGGAUGGUUAUGUAGGUAAGCACUUGCGCUUACGAUGUCAGAAUGACUCUGGCGAUGUCUCACUUAUGAUUUGAUGUAUGUUGUGUAUUCAACUAUUUGAAUGAAGUUUUCUUUCUCCGUCCGAGCGUACAAUUCUAUAUGCUGCGAGUUUUAGGUUGUAGUCAAGCUACCUGCCACGGGUAUCAGAAACCUAGAACGAUGUCGUAUUGUCUUUCAUUGGCAUUGUCUGGGUGUAUUAAAGGCUCAUAGAAGACCUACCCAGAUCCCAAUGAGAAGGGCAUCGUUGU